CCAAAAUUUCUGCCGGGAAGGAUAAAGAGUCGAUUCCUACAGUAAAAUUUCUGAGAAGUUAAUGUUGUGCCAUUGCCAGUGACAGUUGCAACAUUGAAGUUGAAGCUACCAUAACAAUAUUUUAUGUGGGUGAUUUUAAAAUUAAGGCCUUUGGGUCUUGGCUUAAACAAGUAACUAUAAGGAUUUUGUCUUCAAACCACGUCCUGCUGUCGCUAAUCGCUCCCACGGCGCUGUCGGCAGUGACUUUUCUCUCUCAAAUAUAUAAAUAUUUACAUAAAAUCACACUAGUUGAAAUUAUCAUAUAUGCUACUAUAAAUAGGGGCCAAACUAAGUUUUGUAGUUCUGUAGUCUUUACUCUCAAGUCCCAAAACAAGCAUGGCAGCAACAGAAAAGGGGCUUUCAACUGCCUUGAAUCAUGGCUAUGGAACGGAUAUGGGACAAAAUCCUUCCUUUGCUUCUUCCUCAAAAUUACCGUCUUAUUACGUUUGAUUGGCCUUUUGCUGGAACUGUGAAGGAUCAGAAUCUCUAUGACCCUGUCAAGUAUUCCUCUGUGGAAGGUUUUGCUGAUGACUUGAUCACUCUGCUGAAUAAAAUGGACCUCAAAGCUGUCACUUUUGUUGGUCACUCCAUGUCCGGCAUGAUUGGUUGCAUUGCUUCUGUCAAAAGCCCUCAACUCUUCAAGACCCUCAUUCUCGUUGGUGCUUCCCCAAGUUUCUAAAUUCAGAUGAUUAUGAGGGAGGCUUUAACAGCUCAGAUAUUGAGCAAUUGCUCUCAAACAGAGAGACUAACUAUGAAAACUUUGCUUCUGGCUUCGCCUCAUUAAUAGCGGAUCCAACUAAUGAAGUCUCUGUGAACAAAUAUGAAAAGUGCUAAGUGCUUGAAAAGAAUGCGAGGUGAAGUUGCUCUCUCCUUAGCCAAGACCAUAUUCUAUUCUGAUUGGAGAGAGAUACUUGACAAGGUCGAGACUCCAUGCACUAUCAUUCAGACCAAAAAGG